AUGUGGCAUAUCCAACAUGGAAUGGAAUCCAUCGUGUACGCUGUUGAUUGGAAUCAGGCUAGGGAAAAUGUAAUCGCAGGUGCAGCCUGGUUUGGCAGCUCUGGUGCCAAUUGGACAGACGUUAUCGAACAGCUCCGAAAACCGACAGCCUUGGUGUGUAGUGCAAAGGGCGGUGAUAAAUUCGCGUUGGCUGGUGGAAGAAAGAAGCGAGAUGAUCUGUUGUUGGACAUGAUCCGGAGUUGUGUCGCGAAAAACGGCACGGUUUUGCUACCUACCGACACAAGUGCGCGGGUUUUGGAAUUGGCGUAUGUCUUGGAACAUGCCUGGCGCGAGGCUGCCGAUAGCGCUGAUGGAGAGAACUCAUUGAAGAAUGCUUCGUUAUAUCUAGCUGGGAAGAAGGUUCAUGGGACCAUGCGACUGGCUCGUAGUAUGCUAGAGUGGAUGGAUGAAAGCAUAGUCCGUGAAUUCGAGGGUGGCGACGCUAACGAAGCUCCUGGACAGCCCACUGGAACGACCGGUGGAUUGCAUUCAAAAGGCAUGCCCGGCGGGGCAACAGACAGGAAGGGCGCAGGCACACACAAAGGGCUUGGACCUUUCACCUUUCGGCAUCUUAAAAUUAUCGAACGGAAACAGAAAUUGGAAAACGUCCUACAGUCUCAAGGGCCCAAAGUGAUUCUCGCCUCGGACACUUCCCUCGAUUGGGGCCUGAGCAAAGAAGCUCUGCGACAUAUCGCGAACGGUUCAGACAAUUUGGUGAUUCUUACCGAGUCAUUCGCUGAUCUACCACAUUCAUCAGAGCCAGUUGGGACCGCUAGGGAUGGUUUGGGGCGCACGAUCUGGGGAUGGUAUAAAGAUCGACAAGACGGUGUAGCCCUUGAAAAGGCAGCCGAUGGAGAGCUUCUAGAGCAAGUCCACAGUGGCGGAAGGGAGUUGACGUUUUCCGAUGUCCAAAAAACGCCUUUGGACUCUGAUGAGCUACAACUUUACCAGCAGUACUUGGCUACUCAGAGGCAGUUGCAAAAUACAGCGCAGGGAAGAGGGAAAACAGACCUUGAGAAUGCUCCAGAUGUGCUAGAUGAUGCGUCCAGUUCGACUUCGUCCGAGGACACUGAGUCAGAGCAACAAGGCAAAGUUUUGAACUUUUCCACUACCCUUGCGCAUUCUAACCGAAGCAAAUUGGCGUUGACCGAUGCGGACUUGGGUGUAAAUAUCCUCCUUCGAAAAAGAAAUGUGUACGACUAUGAUGUUCGAGGGAAGAAAGGCAGAGAAAGGAUGUUCCCUUACGUCGCCCCGAGAAGGAAAGGUGACCAGUACGGCGACUUUAUACGACCCGAGGAAUACCUUAGAGCAGAAGAGCGGGAAGAAGCACAAAUGCAGGUUCAACGUGGUCCUGAUGGGCGGAUACAUGCAGCUCCGGGACAAAAGCGACGAUGGGACGAGAUUGGCGCUAAGGACAAACUUGGCCCUAGCAAAAAACAACACCUUCAAAGCGGAGGCAAUCAAGAAGCAGACAUACCUGUGUCCGGAAGUUUGGACUUGAACGGCGCAGAAGACUCAGAAGUAUCGGAAGAAGAAGCUGAAGGUCAAGAUGCCUCAGGGCCAACAAAGGCAUUGCUCAUCCGUUCUACAGUCAGCAUGAAUGCUCGAAUUGCAUAUGUUGAUUUUACGGGUCUUCACGACAAGCGUAGCUUGGAGAUGCUAAUCCCCCUUAUCCAACCGCGCAAAUUGAUUCUUGUCGGCGGAAUGAAAGACGAAACAUUAGCCCUUGCUACUGAAUGUCGCAGUUUGCUUGCUGCAAACGCUGGCUCGGAUGGCACCACAUCAAAACCUGGCGUUGACAUUUUUACUCCGCAGUUGGGAGAUACGGUGGAUGCUAGCGUUGACACAAACGCCUGGAUGGUCAAACUUAGCCGCGCGCUGGUUAGACGUCUCAAGUGGCAAAAUGUCCGGUCGCUGGGCGUUGUGGCUCUUACUGCUCACUUACGAGGCCCCGAAACGGCUAUCGAAGCCGAGAAAACCGAAGAAUCAUCGAACAAGGGAGCCACAGUGCAGAAGAGUGUAGAAAACCAACCAUCGGGUGUGGUUGAAAGCCGUGCUAAUGAAUCUCUGGUCAAAAAAGAAAUAUAUCCGCUCCUUGAUGUUUUACCUCCAAAUCUUGCUGCCGCUACUAGAUCGUUGUCCAAACCGCUUCACGUGGGAGACUUGAGAUUAGCCGAUCUUCGAAAACUCAUGCAGACGUCCGGGCAUUCUGCAGAAUUUCGGGGGGAAGGCACCUUGCUCAUUGACGGAUUUGUUGUGGUGAAAAAAUCUGGCGCCGGGAGAAUUGAGAUCGAAGGUUCGGCGCGUGCCCCCCCGGUGAAUCCCAGAGCUCCGGGACGCGAUGAAGGAACAUUCUUAGCAGUGAAACGAAAGAUAUAUGACUGCCUUGCUGUCGUUGCCCGGGGGUAA